AUGUCUGCCAUUCAACUAAAAACAAUCAAAGCCGAUGGCGUCGAUAUAUUUUAUCGAGAGGCCGGGCCAUCCGAUGCACCUACACUUCUUCUCCUCCACGGCUUUCCUAGCUCUUCCCAUCAAUACCGCAAUCUCAUUCCCCUUCUCUCCGAGAAAUAUCACAUCCUAGCCCCUGACCUCCCUGGAUUCGGCUUUACCGAAGUUCCCGACGCUCGAAACUACAAAUAUACAUUCGACGCUCUAACCACAUCCAUCGAGUCAUUCUUGGACGAACUCAAAGUUCAAAAAUACUCCAUCUACCUCUUCAACUACGGGGGUCCCGUCGGACUACGCCUCGCACUUCGUCAUCCAAACGCCAUCCAAUCCAUCAUCUCCCAGAAUGGCAACGCAUAUACCGAAGGACUAGGCGGUUUCUGGGCCCCCCUCGAAGCCAUGUGGGCCACAAGCACCCCCUCCGAACUCGCCGCCUCCCGCACAUCCCUCCAAUCCGUCAUCUCCCUCGACUUCACCAAAUGGCAAUACGUGACCGGUACCCCUGCAUCCAAUCUCCACAAAAUCGCCCCCGAAUCCUAUACCCUAGACUAUGCACUUCUUUCUCGGCCAGGCAAUACCGAUAUUCAACUAGAUCUUUUCUACGAUUAUCGCACGAAUAUAGAACUUUAUCCGGAUUUUCAGAAGUUUUUUAGGGAUUCCGAUGUGCCGGUCCUGGCAGUCUGGGGGGAAAAUGAUGAGAUUUUUGUAAAGGCGGGGGCGGAGGGGUUUAGGAGGGAUUGUAAGAGUUUGGUGGUGGAGUAUUUGGAUGCGGGACAUUUUGCGUUGGAGACUAAUGUGGAGGAGAUUGCGGAUGCAAUUUUGAGGUUUAAGGUGAAGUUUGGGUUGUAG